CUCUCUCCUUCCCACAGGACAUCCUUCAUUGCUCAGAUCCAUAAGCACACCCAACAUGAAGUUCCUUGAAUGGUCAAAUGACUUAGAACUGUUGAGCAAAGUCCAUGAUUCCUUGAGACACUUUCAGAUCUCAAAGAAGAAACUUGAUAAAUGGAAACCUGAGGACUCUGGAUUCCAAAGCAAAGAAAUGCAUCAGAAUGAAGAAAGAGAGAGUCUUUACCACACUGCGUCCUGGAAAACCAAGGAUUUGCUCCAAAAUUUCACACAGCUAUUACUUCUACAAAAACCUCGUCCAAGAGGCUGGGAGACCAUGGUCUGGAAAAGCGGAAGUAAAGGUAAAGGAGAGGAGAGAGGACAUCUGAUUGAGAUCCAAGACUUAUUUAACCCAAACCCAGAUACCCAGGAAGAGCCUCAGCUAGUCGUAUUAGAGGGGGCUGCUGGGAUUGGGAAGUCAACGCUGGCCAGGCAGGUGAGGAGAGCAUGGGAGGAAGGACAGCUCUACAGAGAUCGCUUCCAGCAUGUCUUCUACUUCAGCUGCAGAGAGCUGGCCCAGUACAAAAAACUGAGUCUGGCUGAGCUCAUAGCAAAAGACCAGACUGUGCCUGUAGCUCCCAUUAAGAAGAUCCUGUCUCACCCUGAGAAGCUGCUCUUCAUCCUGGAUGGCAUAGAUGAGCCAGCAUGGAUCUUGGAGGAGCAGAAUCCUGAACUCUGUUUGCACUGGAACGAGGCACAGCCUGUGCACAGACUGCUGGGCAGUUUACUGGGGAAAUCCAUCCUGCCUGGGGUUUUCCUUCUGCUCACAGCUCGGACCACAUAUUUUCAGAAGUUUGUUCCUUCUUUAGGGCAGCCACGUUGGGUAGAAGUCCUGGGUUUCUCUAAGUCUGGACGGAAGAAAUAUAUCUACAAAUAUUUCACAGAGAAACAAGAAGCAAUUGAAGCUUUUAGCUUAAUUAAAUCAAACCCAGUGCUCUCGACCCUGUGUGUGGUGCCCUGGGUGUCCUGGCUGGUCUGCACAUGCCUGAAGCAGCAGAUGGAACAGGGAAGAGACCUCUCACUGACCUCACAGACCACCACAGCCCUCUGCCUGAAAUACCUUUCCCAGACUCUUCCUGGUCAUGCCUUGGGGACCCCUCUCAGAAGGCUCUGCUCACUGGCUGCUGAGGGGAUCUGGAGAAGAAGGAGCCUGUUCAGUAAGAGAGAUCUCUGGAAGCAAGGGUUAUCUGAGGAUGUCAUUGCCCCUUUCCUGAAGGUGGGUGUCAUUCAAAAGCAGCUCAGCUCUGUGAGUUAUAGCUUUGCCAACUUGUGUCUCCAGGAGUUCUUUGCAGCAAUGUCCUGCAUCUUGAAGAAUUAUGAGGAGAAACAUGACUUUGUGGAAACCUAUGAUAUUGUGGAAACACUGAAGAAAGUCUAUGGAAGACGUGACCUGUUUGAGCAUCUCACUAUGCAAUUCCUAUUUGGUCUUUUAAGUGAAAAUGGAAUGAGAGAGAUGGAGAAGAUCUUUGCCUGCAGGUUGCCUUGUGAGACAAUGUACCUACGAUGGCUCAUCCAAGAGGAAGUCCUAUACCAUCAACCACGUUCUCUGGGUUUACUGCACUGUCUGUAUGAGAUUCAGGAUAAGAAUCUCCUGACAAAUGUGAUGGACAAUUAUCAAGCAACAAGUAUGCAGGCGCCAGUAGAUAUGGCACAUCCAGAAUUUCACAUAAACCUGGCAGUCCAGACAGAUGUGGAGCUCAUGGUGGUCACAUUCUGCAUUAAUUUUUGCAAUUAUGUCUAUGGACUUUGGCUGAAUCCUGGUGUACAGCAAAAGAAAAUGAUGCCAACCCCCAGGAUGGUUCUAUCCAGAUGGACUCCAAUCACUAAUGCCAGUUGGCAGAUUCUCUUCUCCACCCUUGAGUUCACAGAAAACCUGAAGUUCCUGGACCUAAGUGGAAAUCCACUGAGCUACUAUGCACUGUGCAGUCUUUGUAGGACCCUGAGAUGCCCUGGAUGUCACCUUAGGGUAUUGUGGCUUGUCGACUGUAGCCUUACAUCCAGCCACUGUGCAGACCUAGCCUCAGUGCUCAGGAUCAGCUCCAGUCUGACUGAGCUAGACCUGCAGCUCAAUGACCUGGGAGACCGUGGUGUGAGUCUGUUGUGUAAGGGGCUCAGGAGUCCUGCCUGCAAACUCAGAAUCCUGUGGCUGGACCAGGCCCCUCUCAGUGACCAGGCGAUGAUGGAGCUCAGAGCUGUGAAGGCAAAGAAUCCACAGCUGCUUAUCUCCAGCACAUGGAAGCCACAUGUGAUGGACCCUACUAAGAACCCGAUUGGAGAAGAAAUGGGUGAUAGCCUGACCUCAUUCAAGCAUCAAAGACUACAGUCAGGACACAAGCACCUGGAACCAGUGGGGACUGAAGAUGACUUCUGGGGACCUACAGGGACUGUGGCUACUGAGGUGGUUGACAAAGAGAGGAACCUGUACCGAGUUCAGUUCCCUGUGCCUGGUUCCUACCACUGUCCCAACAUAGGACUCCGCUUUGUGGUGACAAGGGCCGUGACCAUCGAGAUUGGAUUCUGUGCCUGGAGCCAACACCUGGACAAGACUCCCUUGCAGCACAGUCACAUGGUGGCUGGGCCUCUGUUUGACAUCAAGGCUGAGCAGGGAGCUGUGGCUGCUGUGCACCUCCCUCAUUUUGUGGAUCUCCAAGAGGGACAGGUGGACGUCUCCUGGUUCAGUGUGGCCCACUUUCAAGAACAUGGGAUGGUCCUAGAAACGCCAGCCAGAGUGGAGCAGAACUGCACAAUCUUGGAAAACCCAAACUUCUCCCCAGUGGGAGUUCUACUGAGACUGAUCCCUGCUGUCAGACACUUCAUCCCCAUCACUUCCGUCACAUUGAUUUACUAUUUUGUCAAUCUCAAGGAAGUCACCCUUCAUCUCUACCUGAUCCCCAAUGACUGCACCAUUCGGAAGGCCAUUGAUGAUGAAGAAAUGAAGUUCCAAUUUGUUCGAAUAAACAAGCCACCACCACUAGACUCUCUUUAUAUUGGCUCCCGCUACACAGUGUCUGCUUCCAAGAAGCUGGAAAUCAUCCCAAAGGAACUGGAGCUGUGCUACAGGAGCCCUGGGGAAUCCCAGCUCUUCUCUGAGAUCUAUGUUGAUCACAUGGGUUCAGGGAUUAAGCUCCAGAUUACAGACAAGAAGCAUCAGAAUCUCAUUUGGGAAGCCUUGCUGAAACCAGGGGACCUGAGACCUGUACUGCCCAUGAUCACUGCAAGCCACAAAGAUGCCCCUGCCUUGCCACACUUCCUGGACCAGCAUCGGGAGCAGCUGGUGGCCCGAGUGACAUCAGUGGACUCUCUCUUGGACAAGUUGCAUAGUCUAGUGCUGAGUGAAGAGGAGUAUGAGGCAGUGCGGGCUGAGGCCACCAACCAAAACAAGAUGAGGAAGCUCUUCAGCCUCAGCAGGUCCUGGAGCUGGGACAGUAAAGACCAAGUCUACCGAGCUCUGAAGGAGACCCAUCCUUACCUGAUCAUGGACCUCUAUGAGACGUCAAGAAGUGUCUCUGUGAGAUCCUGACAUCUUAGUGGCUGAGGGAUGGGCACUCAAGUGAUUCCUGGCUCUGCCUGACUUUUGUUUGGCUACUAAAUCUAUAAACCAGUGGUCAUCUCAGUGGCCUUUCUGAUGGCAAUGUUUCCAGGACACCUCUUAGGGAACCAGGUGUUCCUUUUUAACCUUCCCCCACAAGAUGUUCAUGUGGGAUGAGCAUCUCAGGAAACUUCCAGUGGAGCCAGCAAGUCUAUUCAGGUCUUGUCCAGCCUGCUCUCAUGGCCUGAGGGACCAGUCUCAAAACCACCUGACACACCAUAAUACAAGCAGGACUGGGACACAUGGAAAUGGAGACAGUGAGAUGGUCCUUUCCCUGGAAAUUGAAUGUCUAAUGAAUAGGAAAGGAAGAGGGGCUUCUCAAACAUUUCCUACCCUCAAAACCUUUUUCCAAAUAAUUUUUAUGUGACUCUGGAUAUAUAACUAUAUAAGUAUAAAAAUCAAACAUUUUUACUAAAAAUAAAUCUUAAAGAAAUUUAUUAUAAACAACACUUUGUUGUAAUAUAAUUUUACCAUUUGUUUAAAAUGAUAGCAAAUUUGCAAACUAAUGAAAUGCCUUUUUUUUUUAUUUUUUGCAUUUGGAAUUAAAUCUUGAUUGAAUAUUUGAUGCUAUAA